GGAACGGGAUCGGGAUCGGGAUCGGUACCGGGGACCCCCGGCCCGGCUGCGGACCCCGGAGCGGCUCCGGCGGACGCGGGGCCGUUCCCCGGCACCGGGAAUCACCGGAGCGGCAGCGGGGGCGGCGCGGUGACCUCGGCGGCCCCGGAAAGAGCGCGCACCUUCCUCCUCCUCCUCCUCCUCGUCCUCCUCGUCUUCCUCCUCCUCGUCCCCAACUUCCUCUUCCUCCCCCGGGCGCGGAACCGUCGGGCGGCACCGCGGGGACAUCCCGGGGCUGGCGGAAUUCCCGGGACGCUCGUGGGGCUGAGAAAAUUCCUGGGACACCCUCCGGACAUCCCUGGGACAUCCCGGGACGCUCGUGGGACUGAGAAAAUUCCCGGGACACCUUUGGGACUGAGAAAAUUCCCGGGACACUCGUGGGACAGAAAAUUCCCGGGACACACUCCGCACAUCCCUGGCACAUCGCCGGAACAUCCCCGGGACUACCGGAAUUCCUGGGCCGCUUUUGGAAUUUCCGGGCCACUUUUGGGGCUCUGAAAAUUCCCUGGGUCACUCUUGGGACUGAGAAAAUUCCUGGGACACCCACGGCACUGCCGGAAUUCCCGGGACACUUUUGGGACUCCCGGGACACUUUUGUCACUGCCGGGGCACCGCCAGCAGCCCCGGCGAGGAGAGGAGGCGCCGUUCCUGUGCCGCUUUCCGGGGCCAUGUUCCGCUUCCCGCCCUGGAGGAGGAGGCGCCCGGAGGGUCCCCCGGAGCCGGGGAGCGCGGAGCUCUCCCGAAGGGUUCCCCCGGAGCCGGGGGUCGCGGAGCUCUCCCGGAGGGUCCCCCCGGAGCCGGGGAGCGCGGAGCUCUCCCGGAGGGUCCCCCCGGAGCCGGGGGUCGCGGAGCUCUCCCGCAGCAUCCACCGGGAGCCGCCGGGAGCCCGCAGCCGCAGCCGCAGGUGAGGAGCAGCCCCAGCGGGAUCCGAGGCCUCGGGAGGGACUUUGGGGACAAGCCGGAUGUCCCACGCCAGGCCAGGAACGGGAAUGUGCCCAGGGAAGGGACGGAUCGGCCUCGGCGUCGGGCCCCGCUCCCACCGCGGGCUGGGAACAGGGAGGAUGAGGAGGGAGAGCCCAGCAGCAAUUCCUGGAGCAGGAACAAGGACAAGGACAGUGUCAGCCAGAACGGGAAUGUGCCAAGGGAAGGGAUGGAUCGGUCCGUGCGCCUGCCCUCGGUCCGGGCUGUCAGUGGGGAGGAUGAGAAGGGAGAGCCCAGCAGCAAUUCCCGGAGCCGGGCCACGGACAAGGACAAGGGCAGUGCCAUGCGGAACGGGAAUGUGCCAAAGGAAGGGACAGAUCGGCCUCGGCGUCGGGCCCCGGCCCCACCCCCGAUCCCACCCCGGGCUAGGAACAGGGAGGAUGAGGAGGGAGAGCCCAGCAGCAAUUCCCGGACUGGGGACGUGGGCGCUGCCACCCGGAAUGGGAAUGUGCCCAGGGAAGGGAUGGAUCAUCCUGUCUGCGUUCCCGCGUUCUGGAUUGUCAGCGGGCAGGAUGAGGAGGGAGAGCCCAGCAGCAAUUCCCGGAGCCGGGGGAGGGACACGGACAAGGACAAGGACAGUGCCACCCGCAAUGGGAAUGUGCCUAAGGAAGGGAUGGAUCGGCCUCGGUGUAGGGUCCCGCCCCCACUCCCACCCUGGGCUGGGCGCAGGGAGGAUGAGGAGGGAGAGCCCAGCAGCAAUUCCCGGAGCCGGGACAUGGGCGCUGCCACCCGGAAUGGGAAUGUGCUGAAGGAAGGGACGGAUCGGCCUGUGUGCGUGCCCUCGGUCUGGGCUGUCAGUGGGGAGGAUGAGGAGGGAGAGCCCAGCAGCAAUUCCCAGAGCCGAGACAAGGGCAGUGCCAUGCGGAACGGGAAUGUGCCAAGGGAAGGGACAGAUCGGCCUCGGCGUCGGGCCCCGGCCCCGCCCCCGAUCCCAACCCGGGCUGGGCGCAGGGAGGAUGAGGAGGGAGAGCCCAGCAGCAAUUCCCGGAGCAGGAACAAGGACAGUGCCACCCGCAAUGGGAAUGUGCCCAGGGAAGGCACAGAUCGGCCCGUGUGCGUGCCCACGGUCUGGGCUCCCAAAAGGGAGGAUGAGGAGGGAGAGCCCAGCAGCAAUUCCCAGAGCGAGGACAAGGACGGUGCCACCCGGAAUGGGAAUGUGCCCAGGGAAGGGACGGAUCGGCCUGUUUGUGUUCCCGCGUUCUGGGUUUGCAGCGGGCAGGAUGAGGAGGGAGAGCCCAGCAGCAAUUCCCAGAGCCGGGGGAGGGACACGGCCGCUGCCGCCAGCCCUGGAAGGGACAGACGGACGGAGCCUCCGUCGGGAGCGGAGCGCAGGGAGUGGCUCUGGCAGAGGCUGCUCCAGCUGGGAGAGGACAUGCAGAGCUGGCAGGGGAAGCCCACGGCGGAGCUGGCGGCCGGGCUGGCGCGGCGCAUCGCGGGGACGCCCCUCGGCAGCUACCCCGAGGGGCCGGGGACCCGCAGCGCCCGGCGGGAGCGGGGCUCCGGAGCCAGCCCGGACCGCGGCAUUCCCGGCGGGAAUUACCGGAGCCUCCUCAGAAUGCUGAGGGCCAGCGGGAGCACUGAGAGUGCGGAGGAGGACUCGGGCUGGGAGCAGAGCCCUGGAGCCAGCCCAGACUGCGACACUCCCAGCGGGAAUGACAGGAGCUUCCUCGGAAUGCUGAGGGUCGUUGGGAAUGCCGAGAGCACGGAGGAGGACUCGGGCUUGGAGCAGGAGCAGGAGCAGGAUCCGGAGCAGGAUGAGGAUCAGGAGCAGGAUGAGGAUGAGGAUGAGGAUCAGGCCGCGCUGAACGCCGUGCAGGCUCCCAGCCGCCUGGAGCUGCGGUUCCCGGAGGUGUGGGCGCGCUCCCGGCUGGACUGCGGGCGGGUGGCCGAGGAGGAGCAGCUGCACGGGGCCCCGGUGCCCUUCCAGCGGCAGCGCCCGCUGCGCCCGCACAAGGAGAGGCAGAUGGCGGAGCUGCUGCAGGAGUACCUGGAGCAGGGAAUCGUGGUGGAGGGCACCUCCGAAUCCAACAAUCCCCUGAUUCUCUACCAAAAGCCACACGGGCGCGGCGUCCGCCUGAGCCUGGACUGCGCCGCCCUCAACGACGCCACCCCUGUGGAGCCGCAGGAGCCGCUGGACCGGGACGGGCUCCUGACCUCCAUCAACCCCCGCAGCCGCUUCUUCUCCGUGCUGGACCUGUCCAACGCCUGCCUGGCCAUCCCGCUGGCGCCCGAGUGCUGGCGCCGCUUCGCCUUCACCUUCCGGGGCCGGCAGUUCCUGUUCACGCGGCUGCCGCCGAGGUUCCGCGGCACCGGCUCCAUCCUGCACCGCCGCGUGGCCGCCAUGCUGGCCCGGCUGCACCCUGACGUUGCCCGCAACGUCUUUCACUACUCCGACGACAUCCUGAUCACCGCGAAGCGCCGGCGGCAGCUGCGGUUCCGGACCCGCCGCGUGCUGCAGCUGAUCCAAAGCACCGGCUUCAAAGUGAACCGCGCCAAGGCGCAGCUGGUGCGGCCCGAGGUGGAUUACCUGGGCAUGACCCUGAGCGCCGCGGGGCGCCGCGUGCCCCACGAGAAGCUGCGGCAGAUCUGCCAGGACUGCGACGCCGCCGGGCCCUGGGAUCCCGCCCGGCUCCACUCCGUCCUCGGCAAGUUCAACGAUUUGAAGGAAUUCAUCGCCGACUACUUGGAGCUGGCACUGCCGCUGCAGGGCCUGGCGGCGCCGGAGAGGUGGGAAGGGGAGCGGGGACGGGAGUGGCAGCAGGAAUGGGAACGGGAGGGCCGGGAGCAGCUGCGGCGGCUGAAGGAGGCUCUGAAGGCGGCGCCCGCCCUGCUGUUCCCUUCCAAAUGCCGGCCCUUCGUGAUCCGGCUGUCGGUGCGCGAGCGCACGGUGGGAGCCGUGCUGCUGCAGGAGAAGGAGGGAGCGCUGCUCCCGCUGCGGCACUGCUCCUACAAGCUCAGCGGCCAGAGCUGGGCCCCGCAGGACGCCGCGUGCCUGGCGGCCGUCCGGGCCGUCCAGGCCUUCCAGAAACUCACGGGGCCGGCUCCCAUCCUCAUCCGAGGGCCCGCCGGGCGGUACCUGCUCCGGGGCGAGCCGCUGCUCGACGGCUGCGCCGGCGACUCCAAGCUCCCGGGGCGAUGGAGGCUGCUGGUGACCACCAAGGGCGCGGAGAGGAAGGAAUCCCAAACCGUGUUGAUCCCGCUGCCUGCCGACAUUCCCAAAGCCAACGUCUGGUUCCUGGCUGUGGAGAAGGGAUCGUGCGGAAAACAGUCCGUGGCCUUCGCCGCCGUCAGCCUGGAGGAGCGGUGGCUGCUGGGGCUGCGGCGGGGCCCUGAGGAGGAGGAGGCGGCGCUGGAGGCGCUGCAGGAGCUGCUGAAGCAGCACCGGAGCUGCCGCCCGCUGUUCCUCUAUUGCAGCUUGCCCAGGCUGGAGGCGAGGCUGAAGUGCCGGGAGCAGGGCUGGCGCUGCGGCGAGGACGCCGGGCUCAAGGUGCUGCACUGGCUCCGCUCCUUCCCGGGAAUGCUGCAGAUCCGCCAGGCGGGAACAGGCGGCAGCGCGGAUGAGAGGAGAUGGAUGCAGGCGGCGAGCGCCAGAGCCAGGGCCGUGGCCCAGAACUCCGUGAGCAGCCGGACGGUCUGGGAGCCGUCGGCGUCCGAGCAGCAGGAGAUCGUGGCGCAGUGCCACCGCCGGGGCCACGAGGGCGUCGAGGGAACGCUGCGCCGCGUGCGGCUCGUGUGCUCCUGGAGGAACGCCCGCGAGGACGCGGCGCGCUGGGCGCGGCGCUGCCCCGAAAGUGCCAGGACAGGGAUCCCGAUGCUGACGGCGCAGCCGGCCCCGCAGCGGGAGCGGGGCCCCUGGUCCCGGCUGCGGCUCGGGCUCUGCGCGGGGUUGCCGCAGAGCCCCGAGGGGUUCGGGCGCUGCUGCUGGUGCAGGACGAGCUCGGGCUGGCUGGACGCCUUCCCGCUGCGGAGCCCGCCCGGGCCGAGCUGCUGCGGCCGCCGCCCUCCUGGGCUGUCGCGGCGCCUGGAGCGCCGUGAGCGGCGGGAGGCCGUGCUGGCGCUGGUCAGGGUGGCGCGGGCGCUCGGGCAGGGCUGGGCGGCCGCGCUGCCGCUGCUCCGGGUGGGAAUCGCGGCCCAGCGGCUGCGGGAGGAGGAGCUGGGAGCGCUGCUCUGCGUGCCCGGGCUGCCGCUGGAGGUGCGCUGGGAAUGGCCCGGGUGCGGGAGUCGGGAUGGGAGCGGGGAUUGGGGUGGGAAAGGGAAAAGGAAAGGAAGGCACGGGCACGGGCACGGGGAGGAGAACGAGCUGCAGCGGCUGCGCGCGAUGGAGAUCCUGGAGGGAUACCGGCAACAGGUGCAGAACGCGCUCGGGAAUGCGGGAUGGGAUCCGGUGUCCCUGACCUCGCUCUCGGUGCCCGCAGAGGCCGCGGCAGCCGAGGAGGAGGAGGAGGAGGAGGCGCGGCCGCCCUUCGGCCCCAAGGGGGUGGUGAGCGCGGGUUUGGGGGAUCCCGGGCUGGGCGCGGCCGUGUGGGUCCUGUUUGGGAUGGCCGGGCUGAUCCUGGCGGCCGUAACGUGGGAGCGCUGGAUUGGGAUGGACGGGAUUGGGAACGGGAUUGGGAACGGGAUUGGGAACGGGAUUGGGAAGGUUGGAUAG